AUGCGCCCUUCCGGGGGCGGGGCCGGCGGGCGGCGCGUGCGCAGUCGGCCGGCCUGGGCGUCGCCUCGCGCCCCCAAGGUGCCCCGCGCCGGGCGGGGGCGACCUCCGACCUGUCGCGAAGCGACGCUUUACGGCCUCGCGCGCGCGCGCGCUUCGGCGCCGGAAGUUGGCGUUGGUCUCGAGCGCGUGCGCGCGACGGUCCUUCGGCGCCGGAAGUUGGCGUUGGUCUCGAGCGCGCGUGCGCGCAGGCGCGCGGCCCCCGUCCCCCCCCCCCUCGGCCCGGCCGCCAUUAUGCCCCCCAAGAAGGCGGCCCCCGCCGCCGCCGCCAACAAGAAGGCCGAGCAGAAGAAGAAGGAGAAGAUUAUUGAGGAUAAAACUUUUGGUCUGAAGAAUAAGAAAGGAGCCAAACAGCAGAAGUUCAUCAAGGCGGUGACUCACCAAGUGAAGUUUGGCCAGCAGAAUCCGCGACAGGCUGCACAGAGUGAAGGGGAGAAGAAAUUAAAGAAAGAUGAUAAGAAAAAAGAACUACAGGAGCUCAAUGAGCUCUUCAAACCUGUCGUUGCUGCUCAGAAAAUCAGUAAAGGUGCCGAUCCUAAAUCAGUCGUGUGUGCAUUCUUCAAGCAAGGGCAGUGUACGAAGGGAGACAAGUGCAAAUUCUCCCAUGACUUGUCUCUGGAGCGGAAAUGUGAAAAGCGGAGCGUUUACAUCGACGCAAGAGACGAAGAGCUUGAAAAGGAUACGAUGGAGAAUUGGGAUGAGAAAAAGCUGGAAGAAGUUGUGAACAAGAAGCAUGGUGAGGCGGAAAAGAAAAAACCCAAAACUCAAAUAGUAUGCAAACAUUUUCUUGAUGCUAUCGAAAACAACAAAUACGGCUGGUUUUGGGUGUGUCCCGGCGGCGGCGACGUAUGCAUGUACCGCCACGCUCUACCUCCUGGCUUUGUGCUCAAGAAAGAUAAAAAGAAGGAAGAGAAGGAAGACGAGAUUUCAUUAGAGGACCUCAUAGAAAGAGAGCGUUCAGCUUUAGGACCAAACGUCACCAAAAUUACCCUAGAAUCAUUUCUCGCGUGGAAGAAAAGGAAAAGACAAGAAAAAAUUGAUAAAGCCGAACAGGACAUGGAAAGGAGGAAAGCCGACUUCAAGGCGGGCAAAGCGUUGGUGAUCAGCGGCCGAGAAGUGUUUGAGUUCCGACCCGAGCUGGUGGAUGACGAUGAUGAAGAAGCGGACGAUACUCAUUAUACCCAAGGAGCGAGUGGCGAUGAGGUCGAUGAUACGGUGAGGAUAAAUGAUAUAGAUUUGAGCCUGUAUAUUCCGAAGGACGUAGACGAGACCGGUAUCACCGUGGCCAGCCUUGAGCGAUUCAGCGCCUACGCUUCGGCAGAUAAGGAUGAAAACAAGCUGAGCGAAGCUUCGGGCGGCGGCGGGGCGGAGAACGGAGAGCAGAGCGACUUGGACGAGGGCGCGGACGAAGAGGACCGGGAGAACGGAGUCGUGGAUGCCGUCCCCGUGGACGAAAACCUUUUCACGGGGGAGGAUUUGGACGACCUUGAGGAAGAACUGAACACACUCGACUUGGAAGAAUGAGGCGGACCGAAAGACCACUCGUCGGCGACGGAAGAACGCCGACUCCCUCUUUUAUUUCAUCUAGAAUUCUUAAAAGGGUGUUCCCGGUCUCCUGUGCCGAGUAUGGAGGGCGUAUCGUCUCCGACAGACAGACAAAAUAAAGGAAUGGUUACCCCGAUCCCCCUCGGGUCCGACCUUGGCUACACCUCAUAGUAAGUUCAGAGUAGCUCAUCAAUAAAUUGAGAAACGGUGGUCAUCGCAGAAAUGAUUGUUGUGACUGUGUCAACUCAAGUAGGAAGUGUAACCGCUUUUCCCAGCUCCUGAGUCUCACUGGGCAUGUGUUAUUAUCAGGUACAAAUCGAAAGCAUCCCUCGACGUAGGCUGCGUCUUUAAUGAGUGGAUUCGGUGUCUCCGGUAUUUCUUAAAAAAAAAAAAGAGAUCGCGUGAAAUAGAAACACUCUACUCCGUAAACGGAACCGAACCUACGCGGGGCGUUCCUGUGGGCGGUCGAUUGGGUGGACAGGAAAGAUGCCAGUUCUUUAAACUCCCAGCGCCUGCCUCGGUACCCUCUGUUGAACCUUUUUAAGACCUUCCCGUCUCCUUUUUCGCCAACAGAGUUGUAAAUAAAGACUCCCCGAUUGCAAAGCCACAGUACGGACCAUUUUCUUUUGUGCUUCUUCGUGAGAUCUAAAGUUAUAAUUUUUUUACAAUGUAAUCGCCCCUGUCGAGCCUGGGUCCGUUCACUCAGUCCCGCUCUGUGAACUCGCUUUAAAUAAACUGCUAGCUCAAUGGAGGUCAAA